AUGUUGAGCAUCGCGGUCCUCGCCACACUCCUGGCCUGCGCCUCCAGCUGUGGGGUCCCCAGCUUCCUGCCCAACCUCUCGACCCGCGUGGUAGGAGGAGAGAAUGCCAGGCCCCACAGCUGGCCCUGGCAGGUCUCCCUCCAGUACCUCAAGGACGACACCUGGAGGCACACAUGCGGUGGGAGCUUGAUCGCCAGCGACUUUGUCCUCACCGCCGCCCACUGCAUCAGUAAUGGCCUCACCUAUCGUGUGGGCCUGGGGAAGAACAACCUGGUGCUGGACGAGGAAGGCUCCCAGUUCGUGGGCGUGGACACCAUCUUCGUCCAUGAGAAGUGGAACUCCUUCUUGAUACGCAACGACAUUGCCCUCAUCAAGCUGGCGGAGCACGUGGAACUCAGCGAAACCAUCCAGGUGGCCUGCCUGCCCGAGGCGGACACCGUGCUGCCCCAGGACUUCCCCUGCUACGUCACUGGCUGGGGCCGCCUCUGGAGUGUACCAGUCACCGCUGAUCCGACCCAAUGCAUGGAGACCCCACAUGUGCAGACCUGUAAUCCAGGGGCUUGGUGGCUAAUUCUCCUGGGCCUGGUGCAGGGGGACUCCGGUGGCCCGCUGAACUGCCAGGCUGACAACGGCUCCUGGGAGGUGCAUGGCAUCGUCAGCUUCGGCUCGGGACUGGGCUGUAACACCUUCAAGAAGCCCGCUGUCUACACUCGCGUGUCCGCCUUCAUCGACUGGAUCAACGAGCCCAGCCUGCUCCUCUUGGAGUGCUGCCAGGAGCUCUCUGCCAAAUCCGCCAAGAGACGGAGAGCUGGAGGACGCCGUGUGGCUCUGGCUGUCACACUGGGCAUGCGCUCAUUCAGCCGGCAAGCAGGCAGAAGGGCCUGUGCUGUCCACCAGGAGGAUGGCGGCUUCAGAGGGGCCCCGGGGUCGUGA